GGCGGCGGGUGUGUUGGCCGUGGGGGGAAGAAGUUUAGCCGCUGGUGAGAGCUGGGAGGGAGGCCGGGAGGAGGAUGCGGCUUGGCCGGGGCGCCCGCUGCAGGAGCUCGCCGCCGCCUCAGCCUCGGCCCCCGAGGCCGCCGAGCGUCCGCCCUCCGCCCCGCGUGUCCGGUUAAACUAUUCAAGUUUGUGGAAUAUUUUAUGAAUCUUAAGACCGUAAUAAGGUGGUGAUGUCUCGGGAACCUACUCCACCCCUGCCUGGAGAUAUGUCUACUAGUCCUGUUGCAGAAAGCUGGUGUUACACACAGGUUAAAGUUGUGAAAUUUUCCUACAUGUGGACUAUUAAUAACUUCAGCUUUUGUCGAGAAGAAAUGGGUGAAGUGUUAAAGAGCUCAACAUUUUCAUCUGGCCCAAGUGAUAAAAUGAAAUGGUGCCUGAGGGUAAACCCAAAGGGAUUAGAUGAUGAAAGUAAAGACUACUUGUCCUUGUAUUUGCUUUUAGUCAGCUGCCCAAAAAGUGAGGUUCGAGCUAAGUUCAAAUUCUCCCUCCUGAAUGCUAAAAGGGAAGAGACAAAGGCAAUGGAAAGCCAAAGAGCUUACCGAUUUGUACAGGGAAAGGACUGGGGAUUUAAAAAAUUCAUUAGAAGGGACUUUUUGCUUGAUGAAGUUAACGGUCUCUUACCGGAUGACAAACUUACAUUGUUCUGUGAGGUGAGUGUAGUCCAAGACUCAGUAAAUGUCUCAGGACAUACUAAUGCAAACACUCUGAAGGUGCCAGAGUGUCGACUGGCAGAAGACUUAGGUAGCCUCUGGGAAAACACAAGAUUUACAGAUUGCUGCUUUUUUGUGGGAGGAAAAGAAUUCAAAGCUCAUAAGUCUGUGCUUGCAGCUCGAUCUCCAGUUUUUAAUGCAAUGUUUGAACAUGAAAUGGAAUACACAAAGAACCGAGUGGAAAUAAAUGAUUUAGACCCUGAGGUUUUUAAAGAAAUGAUGAGAUUUGUUUACACAGGAAAAGCACCAAAUCUUGAUAAAAUGGCUGACAACUUGUUGGCAGCUGCAGACAAAUACGCCCUGGAGCGACUCAAGGGCAUGUGUGAGGAAGCUCUGUGUAGUAGCCUCUCCGUGGAAAAUGUUGCUGAUACCCUUGUCCUUGCAGAUUUGCACAGUGCAGAACAGUUGAAAGCUCAGGCAAUAGACUUUAUUAAUAGGUGCAGUGUUCUCCGACAGCUUGGGUGUAAGGAUGGGAAGAGCUGGAACAACAGCCAAGCAACUGACAUAAUGGAAACAUCAGGGUGGAAGUCCAUGAUUCAGUCUCAUCCUCACUUAGUGGCAGAGGCAUUCCGAGCACUAGCAUCCGCGCAGUGUCCACAGUUUGGUAUUCCACGCAAAAGGCUAAAGCAGUCUUGAGUCUUCCAAAAACAGUAGGAAAAUGUAUUUGCCUUCACUACUCCAGGUCCAGGAGGAUUCCAACACAAACCAUAAGCAACGGUUGUUUCUGUCUCAUGUCUACAGAGAAGAAGCUGGAAAAGCAUACUGAGUACUUUCUGGUGAAUAAUUUAUGGUUUAUACUUCAGCUUUAAAUCAGACUGAUGAAUUCACUUCAAGGCCUUAAAUUAUCUUAAGUGACUUCUCUUGUUCCUAUAGUAGUUUAAUUUUUUUAUUGUGCCUUGUCAGUUUGCCAAGGCUAUGCAGGAUUGCACUAGCUCCACAAUGCAGUAAUACUGAUAACUGAAGAUGCUGAGUUUCAAAGGAUCUUCCAUUAUUUUGGAAACAAAAGAAUUUUCUAGGUUUUGUUCUAUGCAAUCUCCAAGUAUAAAACUAGAUUCUAUUGAAUUUGGAGAUUGUCAAAGGCACCUCCAGUCUCAGUUGUGUGGACACUAAAGAGCCUGUUACCGUCCGGGUAAGUGAUGGCCAUACACUGCUCCAGCUUAAUUUACUUUUCUUUUCAGGGAGCAGAUAGAAAUGAGUUGACCUAAUCCUUUACUAAUAUUUCCGGUAUUUGUCUGUAUAUUAACUGCUCAAGAAACUGGGCUUAUGCACAUUUGCAGUGAUUAAAAAAAUAAUUUGAAGUUAAAAUUUGAGUAAAAAGAAAGCAUGAUUCUUGUUAAUGUUUUAAAUUUACAAUGACUUACAUUUGAAAGAAUAAUUUACUAGAUGUUAAAGUCAGGAUGACCAAAUGUACAUGUCGUGAGUGGGCCAAUUAAGAAAGAUAUAUAUGCACUUUUAUCUGUGAAGUUUUCUAUGAAGAAUGGUACAUAUAUAUAUUUUCUUCUUUUUGUGAAAAUUAGUAAGGUAUAAUUAUGCUUUAACAUUUAAAAGAAGUUUUUAUGACACAUGGAUUCAACUUGGAUGUUUGUGAUAAUAG